AUGUCCAGAUCUAGAGCUCCUCUGUUCCUCGGUCUCACUGCCGCUGGUGGUGUUGGCUACUACCUCUACAGCGCAGGCGGAAGCCCUACCGUUGCCCAGAAGCAAGCUGAGGCCGACGCACACAAGCUCUCCGCAAAGGUCAAGGCUGAGCUUCCCGGCCGCGGCCAGGAGGCCGAGAAGAAGGCAGAGCAGUACGGUGCCGAGGCUGGCGCCAAGUUUGACAGCGCACUCCAGAAGAGCCAAGCCGAGAUCGCCAAGGCAAAGGCUGAUGCUGAAGCCUACGCAAAGGACGUCAAGAACAGCACGCUAAAGAAGGUGGACGAAUUUGACCGCAAGGUCGAGGCCAAAGCCUCAGAGGCCAAGAGCGGCAUCUCCGGCUGGUUUGGCGGCAAAUAA